UAAUCCUGAAAGAAGUGGUAUGAUGAAGUUGAGUUAAUUCCACGCCACGCCUUAUGACAAAAGUGGGCUCAGUGUGGUGUAUAGUGAAGAUUGUGGGAAGUAGAGAGAAAGUCCCUUCCAUCAUUCCAUGGAACUUCAAUGUUUCUUAAUCCUUCUUUCCAUUUGCAGUAAAACUUUUGCAGAUGCUCUUCAAAGGGCAGGAGCUCAAGUAACGCUAAUUCUGUUCGAGGGAAAAACACAUACAGAUUUGUUUCUUCAAGAUCCUUUGAGAGGAGGCAAAGAUGAACUGUUUGACCAUAUAGUUGCCGACAUACAUGCUGGUGAUAAGGAAGCUCUUGCCAAGGAUGCAGUGGCCCCUCCAAGAAGACGCCUUGUUCCCGAGUUUUUGUUACGUAUGGCUCGCGAGAUCAGCCCCUUCUAGACCUUAUAGUUCUCUAAGUUUAUAAAAACUUAAUUCAGAUACCUUUGUUACUUUUGUCCAUUCUGUGUUCUCUUUAGGAGAACAGUUCUUUUUCUUUGGGUGAUUUUGUUAUUCCUUUUUGUGGUAAAUUUCGAGUGAUUACAAGGAGAGAGUUUGUUCUUUUCCUUGAUGUAUUUAGCAGAUAAGUCUCAGACUGGCCUGUCGAAUGUCAAAUUAUUAAAGCUUUUUCUGAAGUAAAUAAAUGUUCUGCAUUUACAAACUAACAAA